CUUUAAGGAGGUCUGGAUCACAUUUAAAACACAUGUUCCUGCUCUCCGUCUGAGCGCUCCAGGAGGAAGGACACCGGUAGGGGAUUUAACGGGCAGGGGACCUGACCACUUGACAGAUCAACAUUUAAAAGGAAGAAUUGGAACAUAAACUUGAGGCUUUGUGAAACUGAAACGGGGGAAGAGAAGACUGGCUUUGGGAAAUUUAUCUUGCAGAUAUUGUAACGACUGAAAUCACAAAACCACAGAGGAGUUUCUUCAGAUCCACUACCUACAGUCCAAUAAACAUCGCACGGGCCUCUAAUCCAUCUGGACAACAGAAAUCACACAGGAAAAAAAAAGUUGACCUCUUUAUUUUCUGUGGUAAUUUCAGGCUUCUGACUUUUAGUAACCUCGUUAUUCAACCGGACACCUCUGCUGGUUCUGCAUCAAAGCUUGAGGAGGAAGAGGUGUGUGUUUUAAAGCCCCUUCUCCAUUUGGCUCGCGGGUGUCUGGGUUGCCGUGACAGGUUGCGUCUGGCUCAGACACACACACACGCACACACACGCACACUCUUUUCUGUACAGCUGGAAGAUCAAGAGUUUGUGUUGCACCUCUCUGCUCUGAGAGGACUGAGUGUGUGUGGUCUGAAGGACUCAGCUGCUCUGACUGCUCUGGAGCUGCACUGAAAGAAGAAGAAGUCACACGCUUUCAUCCAGUUUCCCAGAGCGAGGGAGUGCUGAUGAAGAUGAAAGGGACUCUGUGCAAACUUUCUUGCUUGAUGACUCUGGUGGUGGAGCUCAGCUGGAUAGGCGUGGGCCACGGCGUGCACAGGGAGGAAGGAAGUAAGGUAAUGAAGCAAUGGGAAAGGAAGGUGCGGUCCUCGUCCAGCCUGGACGAGCUGCUGAGACUCGCUGACUUUCCCGACUGGAAGCUGUGGAAGUGUCGCUUGAGCUUUCAGCAGCCCGAGACCCAAACAGAGACCUUCUCAUCCGCACCUUUGAUGGGGUCGCACCGCUCCACACGCUACGCUGCUGAGUCUUACAGCCUGGAGAUACUCAAAGCCAUCGAUGAAGAGUGGCAGCGGACUCAGUGCAUGCCCAGGGAGACGUGUGUGGAUGUGGCCAAAGAGCUGGGAACCGAUCCGUCCAUGUUCUUCAAGCCGCCCUGCGUGUCGGUGCACAGGUGCAGCGGCUGCUGCAAUCAGGAGGGCGUCACCUGCAGAAACACGACGACUGUAUUCGUGAACAAAACUGUCCUCAGUGUGAUCCCAUUCAAGUUUGUGCCGGAGCCUGUGCUGAUUAAAGUAGCAAACCACACAGAGUGCAAGUGCAUGGAGCCGGCAAUAAUCCGGCGUAAUGCUCAGCCUCACAGGAGCGCCGGCUGCUCUCCGAUGGACAUGAUGUCUGAGGCGGAGGACUCCAGGAGACUUUGUGCGAGAGGGUUGAUCUGGGAUUGUUCGGCAGACAGAUGCAUUCCGUACCCCUCCAGUUCUCCAGAGCUUCCCCUCAGCACGUGGAUGCCGGACUGCGAGAUAGAUGUGGAGCGCUGUGACUGCCUCCCCAGGCCUGAGCCCACUCUCCAGCAAAGGCCGGCCCAUCGCUGUCACCUCAACUCCUCCAUCUGUGGCCACCGACACCAACACUUCGACCAGACCUCGUGCAGAUGCAGAUGGCCCAAGUAGGAGACACUGGUCAGAUUCCUUAUGACAACCUGUACGCCAAGGAUGUUUGGAGGCAGAGACAAGAAGGCCCAUAAUUUAUUUACAGUUCUAUUUAUGCUGAUCACUUUAACUAAUGGUACUACUAUGAUGGUAUUAACUCACAUGACCAUGUUAAUUGAUUUUUUUAACAUGCUUACCUACGUUUCAAUCAAUGUCUGAAGUGUAUAAUUUGUACAUUUUUGUUCUUUGUGCACUGAACUUGUAGUUUAUAA